UGCGUCCGUUUGUUAUUGAAUGACAAAUAAUUUACAGGUUAUAAUUUUGAUCGGAGCGCUAAAUUGUUAGAAUUCCAGUUACUGAAAAGCCUAGAGAAAAAAAUAGUGAGUAGUCUGUGUGAAUAGCGGAGACUACAUUAAUUUUGCCAACUGUAUUGCUCUAAGUACUUACAAUUAUAUUUUAGAAUAAUGGCAAGCGGAUUUCCUUUGGGGACGGGAACGACUAAUUCUAUAACAUUUGGGAGUACUACAAUCACCUUGAUUAAGUCGACGUCUCAACCUCAACCUCAGCCGGGAAAAUUCAGUGUCGUGCCAGUUUCAACCCCAGCGAGCACCAAAGCUUCGAUGUUCGGUUCUACUGGUGCAAGUCCAACUCUACCUGCAACGCAGGCACGGUUUGGGGCCCCUAGCACAGCUACAGGCGUCUUUGGAACCCCUGCGGCCUCCACAGCACCUACGUUGUCUUUUGGGACUCCUACUGCCGGUUCGGGCUUGUUUGCCGCCCCUGCGACAAACACAGCGCCUACGUUUGGGGCUCCUAAUGUAGGAACGGCCAGCGCCGCGCCUACUUUAUCGUUUGGGGCUCAAAAUCCAGGUGCGGCCAGCACAGUGCCUACGUUGUCUUUUGGUGCCCCACCAGCCAGUUCUGCAAGCCCGUUUGGUGCUCCAACAACAACAACUGCCCCGCCAAGUUUUGGUGCGUCUAUUGGCCAGUCCAACUUCGGAUUAAUCGGAUCAGCGCCUUUGGGUUUUGGCGCGUCGAUUGCUAACACGUCGGCUCCCAAUGCAGGGUUUGGGCUUAGUAGCAGUGUUUCAACAGGAAGCCUGAAAUUGGGGGCGAGCACCAAUGCGCCUACAUUAAAUUUCGGACUGGGCGGUCUAGGAGCAAGCUCAGCAGGCGCUAGUGCGCUCUCAGCACCGAGUUCCGUGUCAGUGGGAUUGGGGGGCAUUGCAUCAUCAAUCCAAGGAAAAACCGCUGUAGCCACCCAAAAAGACAUUUCGCCAAAAGAGCAGACUUUGCCUAAUGAAAUUCUUCAAACCGUGGAAAGUUUCAAAGAUAUGGUCAAGCAGCAGAAGGCACACAGUUCGGAUAUUUCUCGCUGUUCGAUCAGGGACUUCAGGCGAGUUGAGCAGGAAAUCGAUCUGCUGACCAGUCAACUUAACGAGGUUGAAACGGAACUGCAAAGAAACAGACAAGUGGCUGAGAAGCUGAAAUAUGACACAGCCAAGACGGUGCAACACGUGGAAAUGGCUCAGAGGACUCACGAUACCCCAUCUGGCUUGCAGUACGAAAACACUGCACCAAUGAAGUUCUUCUCGAACCUGGCUGAUGACUUUGAGAACAGUAUGCAGUCUCUGAAGCUGCAAAUCGAAACCAUGGAGAAGUAUGUGAAGAACCUCAAGGGUCCCUACUUAGUAUCCCCGCAAGAUCUGUCGAUGGGUAUGAAAAGACUGCACGAGACUUUUGUGGCGUUGGCUGGGCGGUUGCAGGCUGUUCACAGCCAAGUGGAAACCCAGAAGGAGCUCUACAUGAACAUUCGGAAGCACCUGCUUCAAGACACCAGCAAUCCCUUCGAAAAGCUAGAAAACGCACCGGCUGUUCAUAUGGCUAACUCGAACGCAUUCGCACUUUCGCCCCCUAAAGUUGCUAGUGGCCCCACGCCCUUCAGCAAUAUGGCCGUUAUUAGCGUGAGCGCUUCGCCUCCUCAACAGCCCUCGGGCCAACCUCCCGCCUAUCCUGGAUCCUUUUCUAGUCAGCCAGGAACAGGUAGGUUUUUCUGAAAAGCCAGGCACUCAAAGCAUGCGUUCCGAGUCCCCCAUUUAUCAUUAGAAGAAAAUCGUAUCUGAAAGAACUUUUGAUUUUUGUAUGUUGUAUGAAGGUUUUCUUUCCGUCGGGUUCGGAGCUUCAGGUGGAACUCAGACAUCCAAUACUUCCUUAUUUGGUUCAGUUGGUAGUUUUAAUCAGUUUUUUAACAGUAGUUUUUAGUUGAAAAACCGCACAGCGGUAGUAAACGUGGCAAAAUGUGAUUGAUCUACCAAAACUGUUUCAACUGCCAAGCAUUGUAUGGAAAUAAAUAAUUUUUGCUGAA